CCGUUCCACUCGACUCUCAGCUGCCGCAUAGCACACUCUUUGUGGUCUGUUCCGUGGAGGAACAGUCUAGCAGGAGGCCUCGCCCAACACCAAGCCUCGCCUUCGCGCCCUUCAAGCCGCCUUAACACCCCUUCGCCAUUCAGCAAACAGUCCCAAUUACUCAGCUACUCCCCGACUACUCUAGCAAGGGAAUGGCACCUUCUGCACUUACGCCCCCUCCCGAGGAAUACAACGAUGUUUUGCAUCACAAACAGUAUUUCAAUGACUAUUCCCUGGGCAGCGUUGACAACCAUGGCGCAAGCAACUCCAAGCAACUCAUUGGCGCAGCUUUGAAGAGCCGUGUCGAGGCUAUCGAUCACGACAUCUGUGACGUCGGCGACGAGGACACCUUCUUCGUCGCUGACCUGGGCGAGGUCUACCGUCAGCACCUUCGAUGGAAGAAGAACUUAGCUCGUGUCAAGCCGCACUAUGCGGUCAAGUGCAACCCGGAUCCGCAAGUACUGCGGCUCAUGACUGAGCUCGGACUUGGCUUCGAUUGUGCUUCCAAGAACGAGAUUGAGAUGGUUCUCAAAAUGGGCGUCGACCCCUCCCGCAUCAUUUAUGCCCAGCCCUGCAAGACCAAGUCGUACGUCCGUUACGCCGCCAACGCUGGCGUCAAGCAGAUGACCUUCGACAACGCCGACGAGCUUUACAAGACCAAGCAGCUCUUCCCUGACGCCGAGCUGUUCCUGCGCAUCAUCACUGAUGACACAGCCAGCCUGUGCCGCCUGAGCCAGAAGUUUGGUGCCGCUAUGGACCAAACUGCUGAGCUACUCGAGCUUGCGAAGAAGUUGGAGCUCAACGUCGUUGGCGUGGCUUUCCACGUUGGCUCUGGCGCUUCCGACCCAAAGGCGUUCAUCAAGGCUGUGCAAGACGCCCGCUUCGUCUUCGACCAGGCGGCUGUCUUUGGCUUCAACAUGCACACCCUUGAUGUCGGCGGUGGCUUCACUGGCGAUGCUACUUUCGAGCCUAUGGCGGCGGUGCUGUCGGCUUCUUUGGACGAGUACUUCCCGCCACACAUCCGUGUGAUUGGUGAGCCUGGUCGCUACUACGUCUCGACUGCAUUCACCAUUGCAUGCCAUGUCAUCGCUCGCCGUACUGUCACUGAUGCGACCCUCGGUAUGACGAACUAUAUGUUGUACCUAAAUGACGGCGUCUACGGCAACUUCUCCAGCAUCAUCUUUGACCACCAGCACCCGGUGGCCAAGGUCCUGAAGUCUGGCAACGAUGUUUUGUACGACGCCCGCCGUUCUGGCUACGACACGCCCUCUCAGAUCGAGUACUCCAUUUGGGGUCCGACCUGCGAUGGUAUUGACAUCAUCUCCUCGUCCAGCACCUUCCCUGAGCUCCUCGAUGUUGGUGACUGGCUUUACUUCGAGGACAUGGGCGCCUACACCAAGUGCUCUGCCACUCGCUUCAACGGUUUCACUGACAGCCACGACGUGGUCUAUGUCUGCAGUGAGCCGGGCGCUCAGGCCCUUUUGGCUCUCUGAGAUGUUCCGUACAUACUUAUCUUGCAUCUCUGUGCAGAGGACAUUGUCCUACUGUACGAUGGAAAAGUCCUCUUUCAUGUUCAUUA